CAGCUACAGUCAUCAUGUGAAUUGGUCUGUAAUACUAGAGUGGAGCUACCUCUGCCACCGUCCUCCUGCCUGCCUAAUUCAUGCUCCUUAAGGAAUUGCUGCUCUAGGACGAAAGGCCCUUUAAGCACAGAGGCUACAAAGAGGCCCACUGUGAAAGCAGGAGUUAACACAGUUACUUAACACAUUACUUCUGUCCCAGAGGAGCCGAACCCUGCAGAGAUCAGUGAUCUAAUUGGUUGCCUGGCACUUGAUCUGUGGCAAGCAGGACAAUGGCUGCCAGCAAGAGCAAGAACCAGAGUUCCUUGGCCCUCCAUAAAGUAAUUAUGGUUGGCAGUGGAGGUGUGGGCAAAUCUGCACUCACACUUCAGUUUAUGUAUGAUGAGUUUGUAGAAGACUAUGAACCUACCAAGGCUGACAGCUAUAGAAAGAAAGUAGUUUUGGAUGGUGAAGAAGUUCAGAUAGACAUUCUGGACACAGCAGGACAGGAGGAUUAUGCAGCUAUCAGAGAUAACUAUUUCCGCAGCGGGGAAGGGUUUCUUCUAGUCUUUUCAAUAACAGAGCAUGAAUCCUUCACAGCAACAGCAGAGUUUCGGGAACAGAUCCUGCGUGUGAAGGCUGAAGAGGAUAAAAUUCCUUUACUGGUAGUGGGAAACAAAUCUGACUUGGAAGAGCGCAGACAAGUGCCUGUAGAAGAGGCCAGAAGUAAAGCAGAGGAAUGGGGUGUGCAGUACGUAGAAACCUCUGCCAAAACUAGAGCGAAUGUAGAUAAGGUAUUCUUUGAUUUAAUGAGAGAAAUAAGAGCAAAGAAAAUGUCAGAAAACAAAGACAAGAAUGGCAAGAAAAGUGGCAAGAACAAGAAAAGCUUUAAAGAAAGAUGUUGCUUACUGUGAUGCUUGGGAACUGUAAAUAUCUAUCUACAGGUGGCAUGGAUAAUAUACCACUAAGGAUAUAGGGCUGGAUUCAUGAAAGGAAGUCUGUAUUGACUCCUUUAUCUUUUGCUUUGCAUAUCACACCUUCAAAAUGUGAAAACAGAACUUUGAAACCAUUUCUGGUAUCCAACAAAACCUUUGUCUACUUAAACUGAAAUGGGCUCCUUCUUCCCAGUGUCUUUCAAAACUAGAAACAGUUUCAGAACUACAGUCCUUCUGCUUGGUUACAUAGUAUAUACUUUUGUAUUAACUCCUUCUAAUGUUUCUCUGUGUUUCUCUUGAACCUCUACUGGCCUUAACAAGCACAGCUGUUCAGGUUCAAACACUCUUUCCCGCUGUUGCUGCCCUCCUUGAUGGUGCAAACUGCAGAAAGGCUAGAUGUGACACCUGGUAAAGGGUUUGAGUCUCCAUCUUCUGUUGUCACUGAUAUUUCUUACAUUGAGAUCUGCUGACUUCCUCCCCACACUCCAUGUAAGAAAUAGCAACUGACAGUUGACAGUCAACUCAAAAUAAACUUUCUCCUGUGUUCUGUUUAGUCAAUACAGCAUUCAUGAAUCAAGCCUAUGGACUCAAUUCAGACUUAUUUAGGCAAUGCAAAAAUUGAUAUUUAAAUACUGGCUAUAUGCACUCCCUGCUGGUCUGUCUUCUCAUCCUUAAAUUAGUGGUAUGGGAUGAGAAGAUGACUAUAAGCCUUUCUUCAAAAGGAAUAAUGUCGCCAUCUCCUUGAAAUGCUGUCCUUGGUUUCUUUCAUGUAUUGUGUCUAGAGUCAAUUACGCUCUGCAUCUCUCAUCCUUCCUCUCCCUGGUACUGGAAUUGUGGAAAUCAGUGUUGAUUAAAUCAGUUUUGUUUAUUUGGAACACUUGUGAUGAUAAUGUUGGAAAGUGAGAACAUCUGCAUCUGUCUCUUGUCUUGCUGAAGAUAACAAUGUUGAGUAAGGAUGGGUCCCAUCACACAAUCAUGUCUUGGAAUAGGUGAGGCAUACAUGCUACCUCUCAAUGAUUAGCUGGCUAGUGAGUUGUAUGGUGUCAAAAAGCAAAUGAAGUUAAGCAGUUGCCACAUCUAUUACUCACUGUUAAUUUUAUAUGUAGUGUUUCUGAUGCACAGCAACCUAGCACGUGGUGAGUUUUGCUGUCAGUUAUGCAAUGGUGGUCACGUAUUGUUCAUCAGAAACAGUCUAGAAAUGGAAAAGUCAGUACUUAGCAAGUCCUAUUCUCAGCUGACUGAGCUGAGCUUUAAAUUAAGUGCAGUUGCCAAAAAACACUUCUGUCACCAUGUAAAAGUAAGUCUUCUGAUUGCAGAGUCUCUCACUGAAUUGUAGCUGUCUUCUGCUUUGAAGGAGUAGAGAGACUUUAAGUACAGACUGUAUUUUGCUUAUAACUGGAUUCUCAAAACACAGUGGCUUGGUGAAAGUAAUCCAAGUUGUUCAAUGAAGCACACUGCAGCACUAAAUUAACAAAUGGUGUUUCUUCCUGAGAUGAAGGAGUAGUGAAUACUAUUCAGUACUUAGUGUUGUAAUUUGAGGUUGAAAAACAUUUUUUAACAUGUACUAGAUUGCUUUUGUGCAUUCCAUCUCUGAACUUUGAAAAAAGUAAGAUGUGGUAGAUAUCAGAACCUCCGUUGGCCUGAGGUUUCACAGGGACUUAUCACAAACUCACUGUCUUCCAUAACUAGUUCAACUUGUCAGGCAACUCAAUGGAUUGGGGGAACUGUACUAAAUAAAAGGUGCUGUAAUCUUCA